AGGACCCUGAGAAGUGUGAGGUCUGUCUGCCCCGGUGUUAUUGUGUAGGCAGGCUGUAUUAUGUCAUGGAUAGUGAACAAGGUGAGUUUAUGACCGCGACAGCAAACACAGACGUGUAAAUGUUUUAGCUGCAGUAACGGUCAUCUGAGGGGAUAAUUAUUCAAAGACGCACUUAAAGCAGUGACAUUUGAAAAAGAUAUUCUUUUUGUGGGUCCACCCCCACCACCACCAUCAUCAUGGUGGAGAUAAAGAGUUACUGUGAAGCAGGAGUCUCCAUGCAGCAUGUCUGGACAGAGGGCGGUCUGACUCUCUGCUUCUACUUCACCCUGGUGCCAUCCGUUCUCCUCACCCUCUCCUUCCUCUUCGGCACUUUUCUGUGUAUAUGCUACAGACGCUACGGCACAGACAUGGAGCCCAAGUUCAUCCCUCGCUCUCGACUUUACCUGCUCCAAGUGGGCCUGUCGGUGCUGCUCGUCCUGCAGGCUCUGGGCUGGAUGGUGUUUCGAAUCAUUCGGAGCGGAGAGCUACCGGGAUACGUGGUUCUGUCGGGCUGUCUCUCCAUGCUGGGCUGGAUUUGGGCCGUGGCCCUGCUGCAUCUGGAGAGGAGGAGGGCUCUGGUGAGGGACAGAACCAGAGGACACAGUACGCUACUGUUGCUGUUCUGGGCCGUAGCAUUUGCGGCUGAAAACCUGGCGUUUGUGUCUUGGAUGAGCCCUCAGUGGUGGUGGACUCUGGAAAAGUCUGAUCAACAGAUGGAGUUUGCUUUCUGGUUAGUUCGAUACUUCGCCUCAGGAUUGCUGUUCCUGUUAGGCCUCAAAGCUCCAGGCUUGCCACGCCGACCGUACAUGCUUCUGGUCAAUGAAAACGAGCGAGAUGUGGAGCACAGUGUACCACUCUUGGGUAAUUCUGAUGAGAAUCAGUCUACUUGGAAAGAUUUUGGGAAGAAGCUCCGUCUUUUGGUGCCGUACAUGUGGCCUAAAGGGAACGCCCUGCUCCAGCUGCUAGUUCUGCUUUGUCUCGGGUUGCUGGUAGUGGAGCGUGUCAUCAAUGUGUUUGUACCCAUCUUCUACAAGAACAUAGUGAACCAGCUGACAGAUGGGAGCUCUUGGAAGACUCUGGCGACUACAGUGUGUGUUUACGGGCUCCUGAAGUUCCUGCAGGGAGGUGGAGCUGGUGCGUCUGGGUUUGUGAGUAACUUGCGUUCGUUCUUGUGGAUUCGUGUGCAGCAGUACACUAACUGUUUGGUCCAGGUGCGUCUCUUCGCUCAUCUGCACUCUCUGUCUCUGCGCUGGCACCUGGGUCGCCGCACAGGGGACGUCCUGAGAAGCAUCGACAGAGGAACCUCAUCUAUCAACAGCCUGCUGAGCUACAUCGUGUUCAGCAUCUUCCCCACCAUUGCUGAUAUAGUCAUCGCCAUCGUCUAUUUCAUAUCCAAUUUUAAUGCCUGGUUUGGCCUCAUAGUGUUCGUUUGCAUGGCCCUCUACCUCACUCUCACUAUUGUAAUCACUGAAUGGAGAACAAAAUACAGACGAGAUAUGAACAUACAAGAUAAUAAUGCCAAAUCGAAAGCUGUGGACUCUUUAUUGAACUUCGAGACAGUGAAAUAUUACAAUGCAGAGGUUUAUGAAGUAGGACGCUUUGAGGAUGCUAUCUUGAAAUAUCAGGUAUCGGAGUGGAAGACCAACGCCUCUCUGGCGUUUUUAAAUCAAACGCAGAACCUCAUCAUCGGUUUGGGUCUUUUGACCGGAUCUCUGCUCUGUGCGUACUUCGUGACAGAGGGAAAGUUUCAGGUAGGAGAUUAUGUGCUGUUUGGGACGUACAUCAUCCAGCUUUACACUCCUCUCAACUGGUUUGGAACAUACUACAGAAUGAUCCAGAACUCUUUCAUUGAUAUGGAAAGCAUGUUCAAGCUCUUCACUGAGGAAGAAGAGGUGAAGGAUGAUGUCAACGCAGGAAACCUAGACUACACACAGGGAAAAGUAGAGUUUGAAAAUGUCUUCUUCAGCUACACAGAAGGCAAGGAGAUUCUAAAAGAUGUCUCUUUCACCGUACUUCCCGGUCAAACAGCUGCACUUAUUGGACAGUCUGGAUCAGGAAAGAGCACCAUCGUUCGUCUGAUUUUCCGUUUUUAUGAUGUUCAGGGAGGGUGUAUAAAGAUAGACGGCCAGGACAUCUCAAAGGUGAAGCAGUCCUCUCUGCGCGCUCACAUUGGCGUCGUCCCUCAGGAUACCGUCCUGUUUAAUGACAACAUUCGAGACAACAUCCGCUAUGGUCGUGUUACCUCUACUGACCAGGAGGUGGAGGAGGCUGCGAUUGCCGCUGACAUCCAUGACAAAAUCAUAACCUUUCCGGAUGGCUAUGACACUCAGGUGGGUGAGAGAGGGCUAAAGUUGAGCGGAGGAGAGAAGCAGAGAGUCGCCAUCGCUCGCACCAUCCUCAAAGCGCCACAAAUUAUCCUCCUCGAUGAGGCCACAUCUGCUCUAGACACACAGACUGAGCGAAAUAUUCAGGCCUCACUGGCUAAAGUCUGCACCAACAGAACCACCAUUGUGGUGGCACACAGAUUGUCGACUGUCAUUGGAGCCAAUGUGAUUCUUGUACUUCGUGAUGGACAGAUUGUGGAGAGAGGAAGACAUGAGGAGCUGUUGGCGAAGGGAGGCCUGUACUCGGACAUGUGGCUGAAACAGCAGCAGGCGCAGGAUUCAGACUCGGCCUCUGACACGGAGACGAAAGACAGGAAAUCUGAGAAACUACAGCCACAAACAUCCACUGCAGGACACAACUGACAUUAGACACUUGGGACAUGCAACCAGAUCUGGUUUUGUGUGUAUUUAAAGCUCAUAAAUAGAUGAUAAUUAUUCAAUAUCAUAUUAUGUUUUUACCAGUUCUUAAAAGUGGUACAUAAUGCCUAAGGAUUUAUUUAUUUAUUUAUUUAAGUCCAAUUUGAUAUUUCUUUGCAAUAACGUCCCACUCCUUUCCCUCAAAGUGCAAUAAUAUCUCUAAUUAAUAUGGCCAUAAAUGUAUUAUUUUUUACAUUUAGGAUUUAGUUAUAGCCAGAGGGGGAAAAUCUUUUUGUCAAUUUUAAUAUUAAUUUCUGACAUUAUGUGCACAUUUGCCUGACUUUUUUACUUUCUUUAUGAUCAUGUGUGUGUUUUAAGAUCAUGCUGUAAUAUGUGGAGUGCUAGUUAUUGCAUAUAUGCAAUAGAUUUCUGUAGUGUACAACUUCAGUUCAACUAAAGGGGCAAAAGAAGCAUGUUCAUUUUAUAGGACUGACACUAAACUCAGGGGAAAAGGUUGAAAUGAUAAUCAUCCCCCAUUGGGAUGUUGUUGUUCACUCAUACUGUAUUUAAAUACAGUUAAAAACACAAAAGUUUUUUUUAAGUACAUUUUUAUUGAUUAUUCAAAGAACAGGUGGAGUUUGCCUUGGAUAAAAUAACUCAGUGGUAAAUGGAUAAAGUCAGAUUUUUUUGUAUGUACUUUACUGUACAGUAAAGACAAGAAGGGCAUACGUGAAGCGGAGUGGUUCUUUGCCUCCACAAAGUGCAUUUAAUAUCCUUUAAUGGAUGGAAAACCAUUGAUUAUCCCUUACAAGUAGGUUAUAUUACCAAGCUAACUCUCCUAGAGUCUUCAUGACAAAACUGUAAUUAAUUUUCUCAAAUUAAAUUGCAGUAACUUAAUAAAAAUUUUCUAAUUAACUUUGAAAUUUGGUAGGUUUUUAGUUCCCAGCCUGCUUUGCAUAGGACUGGACAAGGAAAAUAAAUACUGAAAAUAAGCUUUAUUUUAUGUUUUGUGUUUGUAGUGCAGGGAAAGACAUUUCAUGCUUAAUGCUGUUAUGCUUGACAUUUAAAAGAAUUUCUGUUUGUUGUUAUAUCAUCGUGUUGAAAGUGCUGGUGGUUUGGUUGUUGGAGGCUAUAUUAGAUAAAUACUAAUAUUUUACCUGUUUAUUAUGCCAAAUAGCUACAUUUAGGCUACAUUUAGAAUGUGAUAUGUAAGCUGGUGAUUUUUUUCUUGAAAAUAAAAUUAUUAAUAAUAAUAAUUAUAAUAAUAAAAUAAUUGGAUUAGGCCUAAUUGAUUCUAGGGCCACAA